AUGGGUCAAAAUCAACAAAUACAGACACCGGACGAAGAAUUGGAGCUAAGAAGCAUCUAUGACCUCUACAAAUUCUUCAUCACCGAGUGCCCGAGUGGAUCUCUGUACCUGCACGAGUUUAAGAGGAUGUUUGGAGUACAGAAUGGUACACCAGAGGCACAGUACAUGGACAACAUCUUCCGAGCAUUCGACAUGAAUCAUGACAACACGAUGGAUUUUCUAGAGUAUGUGGCCGCACUUAAUCUUGUUCUACGUGGAAAACCUGAAAACAAGCUGAAGUGGUCCUUCAAGGUCUUUGAUGGCGAUGACAAUGGCUACCUAGACAGAAGAGAACUUCAAAAGAUUGUAAUGAUCAUCUACAGGAUAAAGAAAGGAUCUAUGUCUAACGAAGCAGGAAUAGAGAACCUCACUCCUGGGCAGGUGUGUGCUCGCAUCUUUGAAGAAGUUGAUGUCAACAAUGAUGGUGAGAUUACACUAGUGGAGUUCCUCGAGGGGGCACAGAGGAGUCCAUGGCUGCAGAGUUUUCUUCAUUUCGAAGUCAAUCCCAGUGGCUGGGUCAAGAAAUACUUGUGUGACAGGCAACUCCUGCAUCCUAAAGUUUGA